GCGGUGCGCUUCGCGGGUCCUGAGGAAACUCCGCGGCGGUUUCGCUACCAGGGCGGCGAUGGCGGCGGCUGGCCGGGAGCCCAAACGGGACGUGGCGCGCUUCGUUUACGUGACACGCUUCGGCUCGUACCGGUGCGGCGGCGUGUUGCAGCUGGGCAGCCGCCGGGCUCAGGGCCGCGGGAGCACCAGGCGCGGGGUGGGCUGCAGCCCUGAGGAGCCGUGGGCGGCGGCCCCAUCCGGCGCGGAGCUGGCCCCCGGCCCUAGGUCCGGGACCCCGGCUGCUUCCCCUCCGGCGUCGAGUGCGCGGAGCUGUCCCCAGCCGGCGGCGGGAGCAGCUUUAACCCAGAAGAAUUUAGCUAAAAAGUUUGAUUUCCCCUUCCCUUUGAAAGAAGCUUCCAAAGUAGCGAAGAAAAAGAAAAAGGUUUCAGUAUGGAAUAGAGUGUACAAAGUCAUUUCUAGAAUGCUUGAAGAAAAUGAAAAAUAUAGACUCAGGCUGAAAUACCAACAACUAUCCUGUGAAAACUCAAAUUGCACAAGAUGAAAUCUUAUCUUCUGGAUUAACCUAUCUUUGGAUCUGUUUACCUAAGAAGACUGUGAAGAGUUUAAAGAUGGAACUUUAAAUUGAAUCAUAAUUAUAUGUUAAUUUUGGCAUGUUUUGUUGGAAUUGGUACUUCCAUAGUUGAAUAGAAAAACUACCUUCAUUAUAAAUUCAUAAUUGAAUAGAAAAAUUACCUUCAUUAUAAGUAAAUUAUGUAUUUCCUUGCAAGUUAAUACAAGUUUUUGUUAAAUAUUAUUAUCAUAUGCACACAAGUGUUACGCAGAUAUUAUUCAAGUGUGAAUUAAUACUUAU